UGAAGGGAACUGUCACAAAAAAGAUUUGUUGUUGUUUUUAUUUAUCGCUAAUCCAAACAAAAAAAUGCAUUCCUCGGCGACGUGGCAUAAACUUUUUUUUGGGAUUAUUUUAAUUGUUUUGGUCAAUAUAGUCACCAAUCAGGUUGUUUCACAAGAAGUACCCAAACCAUGGUAUGAAAAUCUUCCAGCUGUGGCAAUGGACUACAAAGUCCAUAUAGAUGCCGGAAAAGAGGACUGUUAUCACCAAUAUGUACAACCGGGAGCGACUUUCUAUGUCUCAUUUAGUGUGGUACGUGGUGGUGACGGUAUGGCUGGUUUUGCUGUGCGUAAUCCAUCUGGUGCAAUUGUAAAGCCUUACCAAUGGCAAGCCACUGCCGAUUACACGGAUCAGGUGUCACCCGGCGGCUAUUAUUCUGUCUGCAUUGACAAUCAAUUUUCAAGGUUUGCCGGAAAAUUGGUUAACAUCUAUAUUACUGUGGUAAAAUAUGAUGCUUGGGAUAAAUAUGCCAAGGAAAUUGAAGCAUUGCAGCUCAAUAUGGAGAACUUCACCAGUACCAUAGGCACUGUGGAGCGCAACAUCAACGACAUGUUGGCCUACCAAUACCACAGUAGAAAUCGUGAGGCACGUGAUUAUGCCUUGGUCCUGGACAAUAAUUCCUACAUUCAGACAUUCUCUAUUUGCCAAAUCUUGGUAAUUGUAAUCACAUGUUCCGUCCAGGUAUUCUUCGUUCGCAAACUCUUCAAUGUCAAGGAUAAUUCCCGAAGUCGCAUUUGAGCUGCCAAGUUCAUACAAGCGCUGAUCUUAUUUCUACGAAAUUAAAAGAAGACUUCAUUCUAUGCCAUUUGAACAUAACCGUCGCCGUCAUUCAUUUCCAUCAUUCUGCCUAUAAAGCAAAAUCGUGUCUUUUUGAACUGUGGUUGGCUUCUGUAGGCCCUAUUCCGUAUGCAACUAAAUUUUUUUUUACAUUUUUUGUAGUUUAUUCUUUAUUCGGAAUAUAGAUUUGUGGCCCAUUUGUAUGUUUUGUAUGAUAAUGCAACCUACGCACAUUUUUCAUCGCUUCCAUUACUCUAUUGCAAUUAUUUACAACAAAACUAGAAAGUGUUAAAGAAAUGUUGAAUGUUGUUCGAUGUGUUUUUUUUUAUAAUGUAUUUUUAACGAGUAAAGAUAGAAAACUUAAAAACGUAUUUUUAUAUAAGCUGUAAUAAACAGAAUUAUGACUUUUUA